UCUUCGUCGCGUUCCUUCUUGGCUUCUUCUUCUUCUUUCUCUGUCUCUCUCUCAGGAAAGAACCGAAAGGUAUUCUUGGUUUCGUCGAAGAAGGUUUCAUUUUUUUUGACGAACAGCGCCUCCUCUUCUAUUCUCCCAAAUUUGUCUUUUUUUCACCUAAUUCGAUAUUUUUAAUCGCUUCCAAUUCCCUUUUCAUGGCCGGCAACUACUCCGUCCUCGCUCUCGCAUGAUAUGAUAUUAUGAUCCAAUUGGACUUAACUGCUUUUACCAAUUCUUAUCUUCUUGUCCUUGUUUCUUUCUCCUUCUUCUUCCUCUUCUCUUUCUCUCAAUUCUUCUACCCGCCUGAUCGACGCAGAUCCCUUCCAUUUCGCCCCGGAUCCUACGUUCAAUGAGUUAAAUUUUCAUUCUUCGGUGAUUUCAUUUCCAGUUUUUGCGCGUUUCGAAUGUUCUCAAUCCAUUUCGCUUAGAUCCCGAAUCUUUCUCGAAACAAUUCUGAUUUUGCGUCUAUCUAUUACUCAAAAAGUCUCGCCUUUCUCUGCUUUCCACUGUUUUCCUCCAAUGGGUUGUAUGAGCUCGAGAGAAGCGACACUUGAUCGCCGGCGCAGCCGGCUGUCGGAUGGGCGGAGCCUUUCCAUGCCCGUCGUCCAUGGCUCUAGGCGCAAAGGGGACAGUCUCCACGUCGUUUCCCUCACGUUCUCCACUCUCGGCUCCAUCAGACUCGAUCCAAACCAAGAUUCAUCCUAUCAGGAAAUGAUGAAGACCAAUGAUGACGAUCAGAAAUCCCACAAAUCCAUUGCCGCCUCCGCCGGCCAUGUUGAUCCACCGGAGCCAGAAUCGGAGACGAUCAACUCUUGGGAGCUCAUGGAAGGCCUCGACGAGUACGAUAGCCCUCUGCCUCUGCAGCCAUCUCUUGCCGACCGAUCCUUCUCCUUCGAUCCCAUGCGAGAAUCGCCGGAACCUCCUCCGGCGAGGUCUAAAUCAUCAGUAAACUCCACCGCUGGCUCCCCACAACCAUUCUGGAUACAGACCGAUCAAUUCGAUCCCGAAGUCAUCUCCAACUUCCAAAAAGCUAUGACAGAGCUAUCCCCUCAACACCCAACUCUCCUCCGUCGCCUCUGUACGGUGAGGUACCGCCCCGAAGAAAUCCCCAAAUUUCCCGGAAUCGUAAAAGCAAGGGUCGCCGCUUUCGAGGAGAAAAUCGACGCGAGAAGAGGCAGUUUCAAGUCCACAGCCAGCUUAAAAAUCACACUUUCGGAAAAGCCUCCGCCCGACGGAAAAGGAAAACUGGUUCUCUACUCCACAAGCCUCAGGGGAGUGAGGAAGACAUACGAAGAUUGCUGGAAUGCCAAAGUGAUUCUUGAAAGCUAUGGAGUUCGAAUAGACGAAAGAGAUGUUUCUAUGCAUGGAGGAUUCAGAGAUGAAUUGAACGAAAUUCUUGGAGCUGGAACCAAACUUCCCAAGAUUUUUUCUAACGGAAGAUUUUUGGGAGGAGCAGAGGAGGUGGUGAAAAUGCAUGAGAAUGGAGAAUUGAGAGAAGCUCUGAAAGACUGUGAGAUGGCGGCGUGUUUGAAAGGCAGCAAUGGAGUGAAUUGUGAGGGUUGUGGUGAUUACAGGUUUCUGCCAUGUAAGAUCUGUUCGGGGAGCUGUAAGGUGUUUGUGGAGGAGGAAGAAUAUGACAUUGGUGGGUUCAGAAGAUGUGUGGAUUGUAAUGAGAAUGGCUUAGUUCGAUGCCCUCUUUGUUCUUGAGCUUGGAUUCUAGCAGACUGUACAGUAAGAACUUCACGAUUUGGAGCAAAAUACAGAGUUUAUUUUAUUUU